AUGCCACUGUUUGGAAAAUCACAGAAGAGCCCCGCCGAUGUGGUGAAGGCGUUGAAGGAGUCCGUGAAUUCGUUAGAGAAGGGUGACAAGAAGGCAGAGAAGGCACAGGAGGAUGUGAGCAAAAAUUUGGUCUUGAUCAAGAACAUGCUGUAUGGGACCUCAGACGCUGAACCACAGACUGAUAUAAUCGUUGCACAACUUGCUCAAGAGCUAUACAAUAGCAACCUGCUGCUGCUGCUGAUCCAGAACUUGAACCGCAUCGAUUUUGAGGGCAAAAAAGAUGUAGCUCAAGUGUUUAAUAACAUACUACGAAGGCAAAUUGGAACACGCUGCCCAACUGUUGAGUAUAUUUGUACAAAACCAGAGAUAUUGUUCACACUUAUGACAGGUUAUGAGUUGCAAGAGAUAGCUUUAAAUUGUGGAACCAUGCUGAGGGAGUGUGCAAGGUAUGAGGCACUUGCGAAGAUAAUGCUUCAUUCAGAUGACUUUUAUAAUUUCUUUACCUAUGUUGAAGUAUCCACUUUCGAUAUUGCCUCAGAUGCUUUUUCCACAUUCAAGGAAUUGUUAACUAGACAUAAGAUGCUCUGCGCUGAAUUUCUAGAGCAGAAUUAUGACAAAGUAUUCACGCAUUACCAGCGUUUGUUGAAUUCAGACAAUUAUGUGACCCGUAGACAAAGUUUGAAGUUGCUUGGUGAACUUUUAUUGGAUAGACAUAAUUUCACGGUAAUGACUAGAUAUAUAUCCAAUCCAGAAAAUCUUAAAUUAAUGAUGAACAUGCUGAAAGAGAGGUCUAGGAAUAUUCAGUUUGAAGCUUUCCACGUUUUCAAGGUGUUUGUUGCCAACCCGAACAAGCCAAAGCCAAUAUUAGACAUCCUGUUGCGUAAUCAAGAUAAGCUGGUUGAUUUCCUAAUGAAAUUCCACACGGAUAGGGCCGAGGAUGAACAAUUCAAUGACGAGAAGGCGUAUCUUAUAAGGCAGAUUAAGGAAUUGCGGCCAGCGGCCGGACAUUAGUAAUUACUAUUAAAUGUACUUUACAUAUUAUAAUUCUAUUAUAUACACAAGAAAAUGAUAAAAAAAAAAUCAUAGUACAUUUAGGUUCGUUGCGAGAAUCAAGUUCGUCAUGCAGGUUAGAAAAAAAAAACAAAACAACAACAAUCUAUUAUUUUAAUUUACACUUUCUAUAAAGAAAUUACUUACUACUUCUUUUUCUUCUUCUCACCUAUCAACAUAAUCUUCUUUGUUAUUAGAUUUUUUUUUUAAUUUACAAAUAUAUUUAUUAUUUAACUAUC